AUGUCGACAGCAUCUAGUCAGUCCCGAGGAGUCAACCGACGGAUCAAUAGCAUCCAAAAUGAAGGUCGACAUUCGCGCAACUCCUCAGUUUCACGGCGCCGGCCACUCAGCGCCAACGUCGCAUGCAGCCAUGCGCUCCGCGUAGCCUACCUUGCCUAUCUCCUACACCCGCGCUCUCGUCGCAUCCAGACUGUACCCGCCGCGCCGGCGCGGCCUAAGCGAUCAACUACCUCGAUCCAUGAUUUGAUGAGUGACUUUUCGCUGGUCAAGGAUUCCAAGAGCACAAAAAUUCCUCAUGGAUUCGUGGCCGAACUGGAGAAACGUUUGACGGGUGUUUUGAUGGGAAAGGAGCCGCGGAAAGAAUUCAAGGAUGUUCUAGUGGUGCGCACAUUUGCUGCAUUUCUCAACGUGUUGAAGGAGGAUUCCUUCCGCAAGCGCAUGGAAAAGGACCGGCGAGCGGAAGACCUCGUACUCAUCUUCUAUUCCAAUGCGAUUAAGGAGCUCAGCAAGGGCAAGGACCACGAUGAUGACAGCUGGAAGCUCAUGGUAGAUCGCCACGUUGCGCUGUUUGUCCGUUUGCUUGCGCUGAGUCUGAAAGGACAUGAUUGGGCGAAGGACCGCCCGGAGCUUGCAAAUCGACUGUCUGUUCUAGAGAACAAGCUUCUAGUUCAGGAUCAAGAUCUAAUGAAUGCGACCGGUACAACUUCGACCACCGAGGUUGUAGCUCCGUUGACCUAUGAAGUCAAGGACAUGCCCGUUGUGCAACAUGUGGCCAAGAUCUUCGGGAUGACGACUUCCCAAGCUCAGUCCGAGAUAGACAAGCACAAAAAGACAUGGACUGCGAAAGCUGCAUUACAUGACCUGAAGACUUAUCAGACUCAUCUGAGUCUCCAAACUCACAAGACACUGUCAAAGGAUGACUUUGAGACCGAUGACGCCUAUGAUAGCUGGAAGAAAAGCGAAGGUCCUGAUCUUUCGCAGAUGAUGCUAGCCAUCAUGCAGUCUAAUCCAGAACUGGCCAAGAGCACACCCGGUGCUCUGCCUCAGUUCAGCUCACCGGUGGAGGGUGAUUUGUCUAAAACGUCCUCUGCUCGUACUGACCGAACAUCUUAUGGUUCUGAUUCACCUGUCGACCUCAGCGGGCUCUCGUUGAACGGCACCGAUGGAGACUCGGAGGAGUCAGAUACUUAUACAUUUAUCCCUUCCGAUCCUCGGACUGUAUAUAGGUUUAUCUUGUCGCAAACAUUGACUCAUGACCUGCGAAAUCGCGAGGCCGAGGCAGCGACUCACGCUACGUCUGAUGCCCCUUCCAUGAAACUCUUAUCAAAGCAAUCAACGGAAAUGCUGAAUGAAAUUUGUAUCCGAUGGCGGCUUCCGACUUUCUCUCGCAUUGUUCUAUUCUUGGAUGUCAUGCAGUCCAAGUUUGUGGAUAAUGAGAUUGAUCUCACUACCCUGGACUCAGCAUUUACCUUUGCGAAAGAGUCACCUCCAGCUGAGAUCCGUAACAAACGCAGCAGCUUUGUGGCUCCAUCUGUUUUUGACCGCCAUAGAUGGACUGUUCAUGACCUCCAAAUGAUGCAGAAUCUCCUUGCCAAGAUCCACGAAGCCUUACUUCGGGAGCUUUAUGAUGUGAUGAUGGACUGUUUUGAAACAAAACCACGCCCACUUGGACCUGUAAUGUAUGUGCUUGAGAAUCACAUCCAACUGGAUCCAAGUUAUACAGAGAACCCCGAGGACCUUGGUCGAUUCGGCUCCUAUGUACAAGACGGCCUUGCUCAGAAAGCGACCGAGAAGUACCAAAGACUUUUGAGUCAGUUGAUUUCUGUUAAUCAGGAAGAUUGGCAGGUCGACGAUAUCAUUCAGUUGGGUGAUGCCAUUUCCAAGCUCGCACUGAAGAUUCAAAAGCGGUACAGGAACAACCCUGAGAUUAUGGGCGUCAACCCAUAUACAACUCUAUGCCUCAACGUGCUUCCCAUGUUUGCUGAAGAUGCGCAAGAAAUGGUCAUCCGAAUCAUCGAGCAAACCAAGGCUAGGGAUGAAGAAAUCGCUGUUGAGGAUGGUUUCGCGUUGUACAGAGCCCUUGCUACAAUUAGGCGUUUGUUUACUAGCACGAUCCCUCAAGACCCUUUCCCAUUCCAUAUCGAGGGUCUUCUGGAAGAAUUCGUCUGGAGAUGGUUGCGUUUGACAGACCAGAGUGUUAUGGAAUGGGUAAAUCAAGCUAUGAGACAGGAUGCUUUCUCUGUACGGGCAGACGAAGCGUCCGAGGACGUCCCAGAGGAUUCCCGGCACAGUGUCUCCGUUAUUGAUGUCUUCCGGUCAUUCAAUGAAGUGGUGGAGAAAUUGAUACAGCUAGAGUGGGACGAUGAUCUUCAAUACGCAAAAUUCAUGACGGCAUUAUCCAGCUCCAUUGGAAAAGGUGUCGCGAAAUAUUGUGAAUUCUUGGAACAAAUGUUCGCCCGGGAGAUGGAUCGACUCACGCCAGAGCAGGAGGCCGCAUUGAAUCAGACCACUCAAGAGAAGUUUAUGCAAUUUGCCAAAGAUACGUGGACGAGCAAGGACAAGAUUGAACCGUUCCAAUUCUCCUCAGAGUCCCUGGUGAAAUUGAACAACAUCGAGUUUGCCCUUCAGCAAUUGGAUAAGCUCGAACGUGAGAUCAACGUCGAUGCUUGUGCCGAUGUAAUUGCACAGCAUAGCCCUCCGUUGCUUAAGAAGGUUCGCAAGUCGACCACCUAUGUCUUUACGAUCAAGGUUGUUGAGGCAGAGGACCUAAAGGCUUGUGACAUGAAUGGUGGCAGUGAUCCGUACGUAGUCCUGACGGACGAAUAUCAAAAACGGAUUGCCAAGACCCGCAUCAUCUACAACAACCUCAACCCCCGCUGGGAAGACUCUGUGGAUAUCACCACUCAGGGUCCUUUGAACAUAAUCGCUACGAUCUGGGACUGGGAUGCGGUUGGCGAUCACGAUUACGUUGGUCGAACAUCUAUCAAACUUGAUCCAGUCCACUUCGGUGACUUCUUGCCAAGGGAGUACUGGCUUGAUCUGGACACCCAAGGUAGACUCUUGCUUCGUGUCAGCAUGGAGGGUGAGCGUGAUGAUAUCCAGUUUUACUUUGGUAAGGCUUUCCGUACGCUGAAACGAACAGAAAGGGAUAUGACUCGGAGGAUUACUGAGAAGCUUUCUGCGUAUAUCAGCUACUGUUUAUCACGCCGAACAUUGAAGUCUUUACUCUCUCGCGGGAUUAGCAUGUCAACUGUGUCCAAUUUUCUAAACCGCAACCGAGGGCCACAGAUUUCGACUGGCCCCACUCCAGCGGAGGUCGAAAAUGCUCUGAUGCCUUUGUUCGAUUACUUCAAUGAUAACUUUGCCAUCAUGAACAAAACAUUAACCGGAGAGGCCAUGAAAAUGGUCAUGGCUCGUUUGUGGAAAGAGGUCCUUGCAACUAUCGAAAGUUUGCUGGUUCCACCUCUGUCCGAUAAGCCGUCCCACCAGAAGCCAUUGACAAUCCAAGAGGUGGAUAUUGUAUCACGCUGGCUCGUGCUGCUGCUGAGCUUCUUCCAUGCGGUGGAUGAAGACACCGGAGACGCUGGUGGUGUUGCCAUCGAUAUUUUGAAAUCCCCCAAGUACCAUGAGAUUCAAAGCUUGAACUUUUUCUACUUUGAGCCCACUGAGAACUUGAUUCGCACUUCGGAGAGAAUGGCCUCAGCAACUGUGAAUCGCCAACAAGCAAAUCGCAACCGUACCUCUGCCCCCGCUCAUCUUGGAGCCACUGGUCCCAGCUAUGGGGGUCUGGGUGUACCUGCUGCCCGUCGCGCAAAGAGCAUCAUGCUCUCCCGGAACCUAGGUACCAUGAAGAAGAUGAAGGAAGAGAAGCGCCGUGACGCUCAGGCUGAUCCCAAUGACGACAUGAUUCUGCGCAUUCUUCGCAUGCGUCCUGAGGCUGCCGGCUACCUCCGUGAUCGCAGCCGUCAAAAGGAAAGACUUGCUGCUGCGGCUGCGGCUGAUGCCAUUGUGAAGCAAAGCUUGAUGGCCGGGGUUGGCAGCCGAAUGAGUGGGACGAUUCCCCAGCGCUGA